GCGAGAGUACAGUUGCAGUGGCGCCAAUCAUCAAGGAAUCGAGUGAAAACAGUGCGUUGUAGCUGGCUCUUGUCUCUGGCAAAAAUAUUCAAACGUAUUCUUUUUGAGUCGCUUUAAUCUUUUGUUGAAAAGUACAGGUCGUGUUCCUGUUGAGCUCGGUGCUUUGUUUUUGUUAACUUCGUAAAAGAAAACUAUGUCGGACGCUCUGUCUGACGACGGCAGCGACCUCAACCAAGAUGACAGUCAGGAGGAUGUUAUGACUCCGGCGGAGCUGAUCGCUAAACUGGAAGAAGCUUGGCUGAAUGAGAAGUUCUCACCGGAGCUGCUGGAGAACAGAUCAGAGGUGGUUGAGUGUGUGAUGGAGCAGCUGACUCACAUGGAAGCCAACUUGCAGAGGGUGAAGAAAGGUGACGCAAAGGCCAGCAUCCAUCGCAUGGAGAUAGACAGGAUCCGCUUUGUUCUGAGCAGCUACCUGCGCUCUCGUCUGCAGAAGAUUGAAAGGUUUUUCCCACACGUCCUGGAGAGAGAAAAGUCGCGAGGUGAGGGAGAUCCCUCUCUACUCUCACCUGAAGAGUUUGCCUUUGCCAAAGAAUACUAUGCCAACACAGAAACCUACCUGAAGGCUGUGGCACUGAAGCGUAUGCCCCCCAACCUGCAGACAGUAGAUAUGCUGAAAGCAGUGCCUGAGCCCUGCUUGGACUCCUUUGUGUUUCUGCGAGUGAAGGAGAGACAGGAGAAUAUCUUGGUUGAGCCUGAAACAGAUGAUCAGAGAGAGUAUGUUGUGGAUCUAGAAGAGGGCUCUCAGCACCUAAUGCGAUAUCGAACUAUAGCACCACUUGUUUCAAGUGGAGCUGUGCAGUUAAUUUGAAUGUGGAGGUCUGUAUGUUGGUGUGGAUGGCUCCAGGAGAUCAUAAAAUGGGCAUUGGCUCAUUUUUAUUACAUAGUGGAUGAUAAGGAAUGGGCAGUUUAGCCUGCAGAGAGGAAACAUGUCCUUCUUUGCCACUGUUGUCAGGAUUUAGGACUGAUGUGUUGAAUGCAAACACUGAGACAUUUGUGGUACCAUGGCUUCAAGAAAUGUAAUUCUGUGGAAAAAUAUUAACACCACAUAUAAGGUCACUGCUAAUGAGAAGUGAAGGCUGCGAAUGAACUAUGUUCACCAAACCAGUGUUUGCACUGUGGUGGUGUUAUUUUCAGGACCUUUUUAAUCAUGUCACAACAUAAGUUUGGUUACAUAAUUCCAAUGUAUUCUGGUUUGUUGAGACUGGUAAAGACUCUUAAAGGCUCUGAUUCAACAUUCCCUCUGUUACUAUAUCCAGAUGACUUGCAUUAUUGGGCUUUUGCUCUGCUGCUCAGUAACAGGAUGCAUCAGAUGACCUGAAGGUGAAAUUUCAUCAGUUCACUUGGCAUCACAAUGCGUGACCAUCCCAAGGUUCAGAUGUUAAUUUGUGUUUAUAUGUGAAAGAAAGCUGUUUCUUUUGGUGAUAUUCAUACUUAAAUAAAUAUGUAUUGCUGUUAUCAUAGAUAAUAUGACAACAGCAAUACAACUUCACACUUGAAGUUUGUUUUUAUUGUGUGUUUUUAGUUUCAGCCUAAGAGGAUGUGUGUAGCUUUGUCUUCUCCGAGACAUAAUUGUUGUAACAGCAUUGUUAUGUAAGCGUUUCAGAGGGAGCAAUCAGUGCUUAUUGUUUGCCCUCACACAAAUUACCCAGUAAUUGGAACCAAUGAGAGACUGAGAGAACUGAACUACAUGUCAACAGAUGGUCUGCUUGAGCUGCUCUGUUGAUCUAGUUAAUAUCAAAUCUUAUAACCAUGUGUUGUUAGAUUAGGGAUUUAAGCAUUCAGAAAUGACACGAAUGCUGUAAUUCAUAUUAAAAUGUUGGAAUACAGGUUCCCUUAGACCAUGAGAAUGGUUGAUACUCUGGAUUUGAGAAAAAUAAAACCUUAAAAAUGUAAGUGAUUGAA